AUGAUAGAUAGUGUUUUGGAACGAAGUCAACGAAGAAUAGUAUUAGAUAGAUCAAUGAGUAAAGGAAAUAAUAAUGAAGUCAUUAUCACAACUAGUUCAAAUGAAAUAAAAAGGAAAGUGAGACAACAUUUAUAUGAAUGGAUGAGUGGAACAAAUUAA